AAAAGAGCAAUUUUUUCAAUUCGGGCUUUUUGAGAACUUUGAAAGAAAAUUCUAAAUGCGCGUUGUAUGGAUCCUCCUCGGUCUCGCUACGCGUGCUGUUGUCAGCUGACCAUGUGCGUCUUCGUCUCCCUCUGAAUCCUGAGUUUGAUGUCAGCUUCCCAUUUUGAACUUGAACGGCUCAACCCCACAACCCCACCAAAACAUAACUCUCUCACUUUCUCUCUCUCACUCUCAGUCCCCACUUCUCUUUGUUGACUUUUUCCUCCAUUUUCACACACACAAAAACACCCACUUCACUUCAGCUGGUCCAAGUUCCAUAGACUUUGACAAAGAAACAAAAAGAAAGCAAGCAGUGGUGGCAUGUAGCACUCAGCAAUGGGCUGCUUCCAGUCCAAAACAGCACACCUCCCUUCCCCAGACCAAGACCCUCCUGUCACAGAUCCAGCUAAUGGAGAGGAAUUAGAAGAUGAACAAGCAGUUCCUGCUUUCAAAGAGUUCAGUCUAGCAGAGCUAAGAGCAGCCACCAAUGGGUUCAACUCAGAACUUAUAGUCUCCGAGAGUGGUGAGAAGGCGCCCAAUGUUGUUUACAGAGGCAAGCUUCGCAAUAAUCGAUUGGUGGCCAUUAAACGCUUUUCUAAGCAAUCUUGGCCCGACCCACAUCAAUUUUUGGCGGAGGCUGCCGGGUUUGGCAAGGUUAGGCACAAACGUUUGGUGAAUUUGAUCGGGUGUUGUGCUGAGGGAGAUGAGAGGCUGUUGGUGGCAGAGUACAUGCCUAAUGAUACUCUCUCAAAGCACCUCUUUCACUGGGAGAAACAGCCAUUGCCAUGGGAUAUGCGUGUGAGAGUUGCAUACUAUAUUGCACAAGCCCUUGAUCAUUGCAAUACAGAAAACCGAAAACUGUAUCAUGACUUAAAUGCAUACAGAGUUCUCUUUGAUGAGGAUGGUGACCCGCGGUUGUCUAGCUUUGGUCUGAUAAAAAAUAGCCGAGAUGGAAAAAGCUAUAGCACUAACUUGGCUUAUACUCCACCUGAAUUUUUGCGGACAGGUAGGGUCAUUCCAGAGAGUGUGAUCUACAGUUAUGGAACUGUUCUUCUUGACCUUUUGAGUGGAAAACAUAUCCCUCCUAGCCAUGCACUGGACUUGAUAAGGGGAAAAAAUUUGUUAUUAUUAAUGGAUUCAUCCUUAGAAGGACAAUAUGCCAAUGAAGAUGCAACUGAGUUGGUUGAACUGGCCUCAAAAUGUCUUCAAUAUGAGGCUAAAGAUCGACCAGAGAUUACAUUUCUUCUUUCAGCUGUAGCCCCCCUCCAAAAGCAGACAGAGGUUGCUUCACUUGUUCUAAUGGGUUUAACUAAAACUCCAGUGGUGCUGCCAACCAUGCUUUCUCCCCUUGGAAAGGCUUGUGUACGGAUGGACCUUUCUGCAGUUCAUGAGAUUUUGCUAAAAACUGGUUAUAGAGAUGAAGAGGGUGCAGAAAAUGAACUGUCAUUUCAAGAGUGGACACAACAAGUGCAAGAUAUGUUGAAUACCAAGAAAUUUGGGGAUAUUGCGUUUAGAGACAAGGAUUUUAAAAAUGCUGUGGAGUAUUAUUCAAAGUUGGUUUCCAUGAUGUCUGUUCCUUCGGGUACCGUAUUUGUGAGGCGAGCCCUCGCCUACUUAAUGAAUGGACAGCCAGAAUUAGCUUUGAGAGAUGCCAUGCAAGCUCAGGUGUGCUUGCCCGAGUGGCCAACUGCCUUCUACAUGCAGGCUCUCGCCCUCUCCAAACUAGGAAUGGAAACUGAUGCUCAGGACAUGCUAAACGACGGAGCUUCCUUUGAAGCGAAGAAGCAAAACAGCUGGCGCAAUUAGAUUGUGAAGCUGAGGAGAUGGUGGUGCCAGGGUCUUCGAAUUUUCAGCCACUUUUCACCCUGAUGCUGUGGCUGCUUAGGGUCCAUGAUCAAAUGUAAGCAGGUUAGAUUGAGGGUUAUUUUACGUUGACACCCUCAUCUUCUAGUUGGAAAAGUAGUUCUACACAAAUGUAUAACCAAAAUUUCAGAUGAGAAAUAAGUAACUAGAUUUGUAAUCACUCAAAUUUACGAAGUUCAGUUUUCUAACU